AUGCUGGCCGCCCUGCCUGGGCCGGCCUUGAAGGCCGUCCUUGCUCACGCUGGCCCUGAAGCGGCCGCGGCGUGCCGCCUGACCCACCGCGCCGCCGCCGCCGCCAUCGCCGAUGCGACGCCAGCAAUUUCAGCCACCCUGCUGCCCUCCACCACUCGCGGCGACGUGGACGCCUGGCUUCGCGGCACUCGGCGCCUGGCACAUGCGCCAGAGCUGGUGGUGCUCCUUCACGGCACAGCCCCCGAGGUGGCCUUAGACCUGCUGCUGGCACGCGUCAUUGCGCGCGGCGCGCCGCGACGCCUCGUGCUGCGCGGCGCCGCGGCUCGCCCGGGCGUCGCGGCGGCGGCGGCGGUGCCCUCUGCGUGUCUUGCGCGUGUCGCGGGCGCGGGCGGCGUCGAGCAGCUCUGCCUCGUUGACGUGGCAGUGGCUGCGCCGGCCGACGGCGAUCCUUCGGCGCUCUUGGCACCGCUGGCCUUUGCGAGCGCCGCGUCGUCGCUGCGCGCCCUGGAGCUGGGCGCCGGCUGGGCCGGUGGCGCGCCGCUGCAGUCCGCCGCCGCCGCGCUGCGCGUGCUGGUGACGCUGCCGCGGCUGGAGGAGCUGACCGUCGCCCUGCCGGCCGCCACGCUCGCGGCGCCGCCGGCCGCCCUUGCGGGGCUCAUUGAGAGCUCUGGCCACGUUGGGGCGCAGCUGCUUGACGCGGCCGAGGGCGCGCUUGCGGCCCUGGCCGAGCUGCGUGGCUUGAGGUCGCUGACUGUCACAGGCCUGCCAGACGUGUGGGCGCCCAAGAACCGCGCGACAGUGGCGGCGAUCCAGGCAGCGGUUGAAACCAGCAGCCGCAGUGCAGGGGCAGCGGCCUGCUUUGUUCCCGCCGUUUGUGACGGCUUGGCGGCGCGCCUGGCGGCGGUCAUGCCGAAGCUGCGCCGUCUCAACGUGUCCCUUGCAUGCGCCAGCCUCGCCAUGCGCUGGGCGAGCGGACCUGACGGCUCCGCCACUAAGGAGGGGUUGGCGCUGUUGGACAUUGAUGCAGUGGCGCAGCUCGCUCCGCCGCGUCGCGCGCCAGCAGGUGCUGCUGUGGCAGGCGUCGGUGUCGAGGCGCUGCCCGCCAGGCUGGAGCGUGCGCUGGUGCCUUAUGCUCAUGCGGACGCGCUGCCGGCGCUGACCUCGCUGCAGCUGUCGCUGGCGCCAGCUGACGCGCCGCAGCUCGCCGCCGCUCUGGAGCGCCUGCCGGCGCUUCGCGCCCUGCGCCUUGCCGUCAUGGCCACCUCGGGCGCCGGCGGGGUGCCGCUGGCGGCGCUGCUUGCGGCUGUGGCGCGCUCUGCGCCGGCCCUCGAGUCGGUCGUCGUCGUGCCUGGACUUGCCGUCGCCGAUGUGGAUGCGGCGGCGCUCACGCCGCUGUGUGCGCUGCGCGGCCUGCGGUCUCUCAAGCUCGUCGGCAACUUGCGCCCAGUGCCGUCCGCCGCGGCAUGGGCUCCGCUCGCAGCGCUGACAGGCCUGCGACGCCUGGCCGUGCACAACGUUGGCGCAGAGCUCACACAGCUGCCGGGCAGCUGCCUGCCCGCCGGCCUGACCGCGCUGGACCUCAAGGGCGUGCGGCUGACAGGAGGCGCCGCAGGAAAGGGUGACGUCACCGCGGUGCCUGCACUGACAACAGUGCGCCUGACGGGCUGCGAGGUGUUGGAUCUGGCUGCGUCGGCGGCCGCCGGCCCCGCUGUCAGCGAGGUUGUCGUUGCCGGCUGUGCACUCGGCCGCGAUGGCUGGGCGGCGGCUCCACGCGCAUGGCCUGCACUCGUGUCGCUGCGCGCGGCAUGUGGGGGCGGCGCGGACGCAGCGGCCCUGCUGGCGGCGGUGGGUGGCGGCGGCUUCCCGCGCCUGGAGGCCCUCGCGGUGCAGCGGCUGCCAGAGCUGGGGGACCCGCAGCUGGCGGCCCUCUUGACCCCCCGUGCCUUGCGCCGCCUGUCUGCCGGCGCCAACGGCUGCGCCCUGACGCCCGAAGGGAUUGGCACCGCAGCCAUGACGGCGGCACCAGGGCUGCGGGCGCUGGCGCUGCAGCUGCCGGCGCGCCACCUGCCAGCCCAUCUGCAGCAUCUCAUGGCGGGGGCCGCCCCCGUCGCGCCGGCGCCGGCUGCCGCUGCAGCUGGAGCGGCUGCGCCUUGGUGGGUGAUGCCGGCGGCAUCGCCUGCAGAGGCGAGUGCUGCCGGAGAGGCGCGUGCUCCUGGCAGCCGUCUGGCGGCUGCCCUUGGUGCGGCGCUGCCUGGGGCAGCUGUGGCAGUGGUCUUGAACCAGGCACCUGUUGCAGCCUCGCCGUGCGGCAAGUGCUAA